UUUGCCAAAAUAGACAAGUUUUCUUUUAAAUAACAAAUCUCAGCAAACAGAAAAAUGGGUUUUAAAACAAAGAGACAACUUUCUGCACUGCGACGUCAAAAGGCCAUGGCUCUCACAAGGGGCAAAACUCUACCAACAAGUCUUCCGGUUCCGGUCAACGAACCCACCGAUCAGAUUCCCGACCCGACCGAAAAGCCAAUCAAAGGGAAGAAAUCGUUGACCCGGAAGGUGGCUCCGAAUUUGGAGAAGAAGUGCCCCCUGUGCGGUCUGCAUAACCCACUGGAACAGUACGAUCAGUACUUUGUUUGCCGUCCGUGCCAGAACAUGUUCGUCGUGUUCACCGGUUCCACGAAGGUGACGGAGGCCUUACUGAAGCCAGCUGAUUCUCAAGGAGAUGAACACGUGGCUCUCCCGGAAGUUCCCCAGGAGAUAGACAUGGAGGAGGAAGCGGUGCACGAGUAUGGACCAGUGGAGUCACCAAAGGACGAAUCAAACGGAAACAUUGUUGAGAAGCUGGAAAUUGUUACACAUUCGUGCAAAAAUUGCGCGAGGGUCUUUGACACAAAGCCAGCAAUGCUGCACCAUUUCAAUCUCUGCAAGAAUCAACCGGUAGCGGAACGAAAAUGGCACACGUGUUCGAUCUGCCAGGCGAAUUUCAGCCGGCCCUUACAGCUGCGAGAUCAUCUCAACAAGCACAAAGGCAUCAAGCCGUACAAGUGUCGAAAGGCAAACUGCGACGCCCAUUUCUACGGGGCUCGUGCCAGAAUCACCCACGAGCACAACUGCGGCUCCGUCCCGCUUGAGUGCCAAGUCUGCGGCAAGGUGUUCAAGACAAAGUCACGGUUGACCCGCCAUCAAACGGUUCACUCGGAGGAGCGUAACUUCCCGUGCAGUGUUUGUACGAAGCGCUUCAAGAGCAGCUACGCUGCGAGCGUUCACAUGCGCAUUCAUACGCAGGAGAAGCCGUUUUGCUGUCCGGUUUGUGCGCAAGGAUUUGCGUACAAGUGUCUGGUCAAGCCGCACCUCGAGAAGUGUCACGCGUCGAAGGCGGAUUAAGUUUGGCGGAUUUUUGAAUGGAAAUCGGUCAUAACUAGUUGGUUUUGAAGAACAUAAUACCUAUUAUUGGUUUAUUGUUGCUGUUAAUAAUUAAUAAAAUUUGUUUCGUCUCGUUAAUUAAAUUAAAUGGAUUUUAC